UUUGAUUUAAUUACGCUUUUCCAGAUGGAUAUAAAUGAUAAAGGAAUAACAGCAACAACAACAUGUAAAAAAACUAUAACAACGAAGUCAGCUACAACACCAACAGCAAUGGGCGAUGCUACAAACAUAACCCGCAACAUUAAUAACACCACAGGCACCGUUAAAAGAGCGCCACCUUUAAAAGCCACUGCCAAUCGGGACAAUAGUACAGGUAGCACAAAUACCGGUGGUGUUAUGGGUGUGGGCGAUUUGACGGCCUCUUUUAAAGGAGCCUCAACAUUAUGCACACCCUCAACGCCACGCAUUGAAUUGAGUCGUGCUUCUUCCUCGUCACACCAUGAGGAAGAUAGUCGUGAUAGUAGUCCGGAAAAUGUCUUUGAACAGGUGGGCACUGGCACCCUACAGGAAACAUUGGAUAUGGGUUUUCGUGAGGAAGGUGCUUUGGAAUUGCGUAGUUCAACAGAGGAAUUAUAUUUUAUGGAUCCUACACAGAAAAAGGAAGAGGAGGCGAAAAUGCAACAGCUGCAACAACAACAGUCCAAACGUGCUUCACCGCACAUGUUCAAAAUGGAUGAACAUCAAUCGUAUUUGCAGCAGCAUCAGCGCAAAGAUUCUGCCAGUUCAGAGGUGGCUGCCUUACUUUGCAUUUCCGGACGCACUAGUCGCAUUUCUAGUGUUGGCAGUCAAGGUUCAGCUGUUAGUCGUUUGUCGGCUGUCUCUGGGGUAUCACGCUCCCCUUCGCCUCAUCGUAUGUUAUUGGAAACUUCCUUCUGUGGUCCCAAACCGGUUGAAAGUAUAGUCGAUGGUUCGGUGGGUGCUGUGGUGGAAGCUCCCACAGCAGCCUUGCUGGAACAAGUGCUAUUGGCUCGUACUCGUGAUCCCACUCAAGCUAUAUUAGCUGAAGGUAUUAAGGUGGAAUCGUCGCCCAAGAAAAAACCUCCCACUUCUUUGACUAAUGGUGAUGCCAAGUUAACGGCUAAAAUAAAAGCACAAAAUCGUCCAGAAACGGGAGUUCUGUCGAAAACCACAAUGGGAGCGCAACGUAAAUCCACAAAAAGUCCCGGACAAAUGAUUGUAGGCAAAACGCCCAGUGGCACAGAGUAUAUACGCAUUAACCUUAAGCCGGAUUUUAUGUAUGAUGAUAAAGGAAUAGCCUCAAAUGAAAAAGUGGUGGAAGCUGCAAAUGCUACAAGAAAUCAAAACAAACCGGCCUCUUUGAGCUUAUCGCAAAAAUCAAGAGGAGAAAACCUCUUAACUCCCACAGCAAGUCCUAAGCCCACACGCAAAGGAGAAGGCAGUCGCUCACCCUCGCCCGCUACGGUUUCGGUGUCGCGUAAAUCGUCGUUUAGUUCUUUAUUUCGUUUUGGAGCGGCCGGCAAAGACUCACCCGAUUCGCCACGCGAAAGAUCAAGGCCACGCAGUAAAAGCAAAGAGCGAGGACAAACGCCACAAUCACAAAAUGCCACACCCAAUAAACAGAAAUCGGUAUUGGCCAUCUUUAAGCCAGGGAAACGAGGCAGUUCAGCCGGAGCUGAGGGCAGUAAAACCUCUAAAACUUCUUCACCCACAGAUGCCCACGAAAUGCAGCAGCUGCAGUUUAGAAGUAAAUCACAAACACCUGUGGUUACGGCUACUGGCUCUAGGCCCAAUAGUCGCUUAAAAUAUUAUGAGGAUCCUGUAGAAGGUUUCAUCCAUAUACCUUUACAUACCCCGCCCGAGGAAAAAGAAACUAGGAAAUUAUUGCAAAGCAUACAACAGCUUAAUGCAGAGCCGGUAAGACCCCAGGCAACAGCAAUAACUAUGAGCGAUUUAGAGUCCGCAGUCAAAAAACUAAAACCGGUAGGGGCACGCAAAAAUUCUGGCUCGGAAACAACUAAUAAUGUAGCCCAGCGCGGUCCAGCUUUUCCCCUUAAACGCAUAGAAAAUCUAGAUGCUAUACACACGCUGCCGCAGGAAGAAAAUAAAGAACGCACCUGGAGUUUGGAGGUUAAUCGUCAUAGUUCCCAGGAUUCUCAGGAAACAGUGGGUUCUGGAGAGAGUUAUGUUAGUGCCAUAAAGGUGGCGACACAAAGAUCAUCCCACUUGGCUGAGGUUAAGGAGCAUGUGGUCACUGAAAAUGGCAUCGAAGCUGAGGCGGAAAUUCAUCGCUUGCCUUCACAGGAGAGUACCACCAGUGCGGGUGAAGUAAGAGUAGUGGAAACUCAGGCCACCAUUAAUUCAACCGCCAUGGCGGAUGACAGCGCGGCACGAGAAAGAAGAAGAUUAAUGUUUGCUACCCGGGUAGGAUCUGGUAGUCAAGAACAGAUAUUUGCCACCCAAUUUAGUAUAUCAAAAACUGAGAGCAUUUCUAGUCAUAUGUCCGAACAAACCCAAGAUACUUUGUCGGAGUCCACCACAGAAAACUUGAGACGACAAAAUACUGUGAUCAAGAAAUCACCAGAGGAUACACAAAAGCCUCCAGCAGCGCCACCAGCUCCACCACCACCUCCGCCACCACCAAAAGAAAGCAAAGCCAAAGCACAAUUGGAAGAACAACGGGAAAUAUUUCAUAAGGAAUCCUAUAGAAGAGAAGAAACCAUGGAAAGGCAAAUAACAGUACGCAAAAAGUCUUUGACAACUGCGGAAGAGGAUAAGGUUAAACCGGUAGCCACAACACAACCACCUGUGGUAAUGAGACGUAAGACCUCCGGGGGUUCAGGCACAGGGGUAACAGCAGCGACCGAGGAUAAACACAGAUACCAUUCUAGAUCAACUUCGGAAGACGAUAAUGAGGUGGCUGCCACCACUACUAAUCAUCGCCAUUCCCGAUAUUUGGAAAAUUUUGAUGUGCGCAAAAAAUACCAUGAGAACAUGCAGGGUGUACAACGCAAACCACGCAAACAGAGUGGUGGAGCCUCCGAAAUAAACCCACCCACUGAAAAACUAGCAAAUCAAGAGCAAUAUCAACGUAAAGGAAAACCACAGCUGCCUCAACCACCACCCCCUUCCACAGAACCCUCCCCACUGCACACUCCCUCUCCCUCGGUAACGGAAGGCAAAGUCUCACCCACUUCUAGUCUGCAUAAAAGUGAGCCACGUUCUCAUUCACAAUCACCAGUAGAUAAGGCCAGACAGACACCACCUAAACCACCUAGGACUUCCACUCCCACUAGACGUUCGCAAACAGAAUCACCACCCACUAGUAAGCCUCAGACAACGGUAACUUCAGCAAUAAAAAAACAUCAUACCCACGUAGAUAGAUCCUCGGUAUUCUCCACCGAUGAACCGGUGGAGUCGUCGGAAAGUGAACGUGAUUCGGAUAUGGCGACUUUAGAAUCCAAACGUCGUCAUUUGGCUUUAAAUGUUGGCUGCAUAGAAGAUCAUGAGAGCACUGGUCUAGUAUCGCAGGAGUCCUUUGACGAUGAGCUUCCCUAUAUACCCACCACUUUGCCGGAAGAAAAGGCUCAGGGAGUGUCCAUCAUACCCAUGAAGGAACGCAUUAAUAUGGAGGUUAAAACUUGUCCUUUAGAUAGACCACGUUCCACCACACCACUUAAUCCUUCACAUUUGGAAGAAUACAUAGGCGGCAUGGCCGUAAAUACUCCCGAUUCACCUUUUGAAUUUGCUGGAUCGGUGCCGGUAAGAGGGGAGAAAUUGCGCAUUAGUCUGCCACGUAAAGAUUCAAAGAAAGAUAUGCAAAGUUCAAAAUCACCACGAAGAGUUUCCAAUGCAAGUGGUAAGUCUUGGUUUGAAUUUGCCGAGGAGGGUCUGAGAGUCACAGCAGCUCAUUUAGAGAGGAAGGAUUCUAAUAAACAGUUAUUGCAGCAACAGCAAUUGCAACAAAAAACAACUGCACCCACACCCAGUUCGGCGGCAAUCCCUUUAACUAAACGGCCUACAGACAGCGGGGACUUUAAAACCAAAACCACGGCAGCUAGCAAACCCCCAGUAACCACCCCUAAAGCCUCAACACAACGGAAAUUAUCGGGUCAUUGGAUAGAUUUUGAAAAUAUACCCGAAAAAAGAAAACCUCCCAAGAAAAUAACCACCUUACCCAGAGACAGUGUCAGUUCCACACACAAUCGAUCAUCGCAAGGCAAAACACUCCCCACAGCUAACUGUACACGAACACACAGCUCCUUCUCACAACACAAGCAUUCACAUCAACCAGAUGUCACAGCCUCCACAAUGUCCUCCUCCUCAGCGGCCGAUGGUUGCAUGAUGCCACACUAUAACUAUGUUAAACCGGAAGACUGUCAAUGUGAGUGUCAUGAAUCGAAAACUAAAGAAGCUCAAUCAACAACAACUACCGAAACCUCAACAACAACCCAAGCGGCCAUGACACCCAAUCAAACAACUCCCACUAGUAAUAGUAAUAAUAAUAUUAAAGCACAAGGUGUAGAUCUCCUGCCCAAAGGAGAGGAUAUGUUGCCGCUAUUAAGUCAAGACUCACAUGAGGGCAUAGAACCCAGUGAUUCUUCAAGAGAGUAUAGCUGUUAUACCGAUGAUGAACUGGAUUUGCCAACACGCAGUUCUAGUCGCUCCAAAAGUAGUUCUUCAAGACUGGAUGAGUUUCCUCGUCGUGAUGCUGCUCAUAGUCCCCGUAAUAAGAAAUUUCCCGAUAAAUAAAAGUAAGUUUUUUUUUAAUUUUUCAUUAUUUUUUAUUUUUUUCUUAAAACAAAAUUUGUUUUUAAAGCAAAUCAUAAUAAUAAUAAUGUUCCCUUUAAAAUAUA